CAACAGUCCACGUUCUGGGACAUUCACAGAGAUCUCACCACAGAUAAUCUUGUCAAUUAGUUUCCUGAGAAAGAUGGAAUCUGCAGAUGUAACGAAGGAACAUCCCAAGGAGGAGAUAAAGGAUAAGGAACACGCGGAGGAGGCGAAACCGGCGAAGGAAAAGAAGGAGAAGAAAGAGAAGACGGAGAAGAAGAAGAAGAAGGAGAAGGUCGAGGAGACGACGGACGCGGCCAAGCUGAGAGCCAAGCUGGAGAAGCUGGACGCCAAGAUCGACGACCUGAAGGCGAAGAAGCAGGAGAUAGUGGUUCGACUCCUCCAGCUCGAGAAGGAGGCGACGGCAAACGCUGCUGCAGAUCAAGCUGCACCACCGGCGAGCGGAUGAGGAGGAGGCCAUCUCGUCUGGGAUUUUAGGCAAGUUCUUGCAUUGAUCCAGACAGACAUUGCAGGACUGCAGCUAGUGAGAGUGUCUGAAACUCUGAAUGGAAGUCUGCAUAGAAAUUUUUUUGCUUUGUAACUGAAUACCAUGCGCCAGAAAAUGAGUGUUGCUUGUAUGAUCAGGAAGUGAAGUUUAUAGCGCAAAUGAGUAUCAUUUGCAAGAUGGUGCUGCAGAUUACUUGUGUUUGAUGUACUAUGGAAAUUUUACACCCAGAUCAACUAAUAUUGUCGAGAAGAAUGUCAAGAUCAAUUAUUUUACAGAAAUGUGCUUGUACCUGUACC